GAUGGCUAUAAGCAGCUAAUCUUCUUCAGUAUAAUAACAGGCUUAGACAAUCAUUAAAACCUUAAACACAAUGAAGACUGCUGCAGUUAUUGUUUUUCUGGUCUAUCUGCUUGCUCCAGAAGUACACGGGCAGAACAAGACUCACAAAGGCAGGUGCUUCUGUGCUGACAAAGGAGCGGAUGUGGUUUUAAGGAAAAACAUUGAGAAGUUUGAAAUCAUGCCUCAAAGUCCAUCUUGUGGAAAACAAGAGGUUAUUGUCACUUUGAAGAGUGGAGAGCGGAAAUGCUUGAACCAAGAGUCUAAAUUCACCCAGAAGAUACUCAGGAGGGUUCUUGAAAAGAUGGCCCAGCAGUCAGAGAUGCUCGUGAAGCUGGAUUAGAUUCUACACCAAUGAAGAACAUCCUGAUACCCAUGAAAUGCUGUGUAACCUCUAGUUGACCUUUACUGCAUUUGAUAACAUAGAGAACAUCUGUAUAAGCAUAGUGAAGUAUAAAGUAGUGUAAAUAUUUGCUUCUUAAUUUAUGCAACUACCUGUUUAGUUAUUUACUAAAAUGUUUUAAUUCUUAUCCAAGUUAGUUUUUUUAUUUCAUUGUUUUAUGUUCAUUUUUGUGCUAUUAUACAGUACACUUCUUUAAUUAUCUUAUUUUUCUCUCUGUCUUCACUGUUACUAAAU